AUUAAAACAAACACAUUCAUUUUGUUUGUUUUUAGCAAAUGCGAUCUUUAAGCAAUGUCAUAAUACGUAAAUCAUUCAUCCGAAUGGUUCCCCCGAUUUCCUAGAGGAUAUAAACCCACACAUUUCAUUCUAAUCACAUUCGCAUCAAUGUUCUUUCUUCUGUUCGAAUUUUGAAUCCAUUUAUACAUACAAACAGUUUUAGCUGAUAUAGAGAGAGAGAUCAAAACAGGCAUGAGGGAUUAUUUCUAAUGGAUAAUCCGAUUGGUGUUCUCAAAAUUAGGAUCAAAAGAGGGUUGAAUCUGGCUGUUCGUGAUUCAAAAGCGAGCGAUCCUUACGUUGUGAUCAAGACAGAUAAACUGAGAGUGAAGACUAGGUUUGUGAAAAAGGAUUGCAACCCCGAGUGGGAUGAAGAAUUCGAUUUUCCCAUUUAUGAUCCUGAGCUUCCCGUUAGGGUGAAAGUAUAUGAUCAUGACACGUUUACAUUGGAUGACAAAAUGGGAUAUGCGGAAAUUGACGUGAAACCGAUUUUGGAGGCACUAAAUAUGACAAAGGAAAACCAUCACCCGAGUGGCACUGUUUUAACUACAAUACAACCCAUUCGAACAAAUUUCUUGGCUGAAGAAAGCAAUAUUAUGUGGGAAAACAACAAAAUCUUUCAAGAAAUGUGUCUCAGAUUGCGAAUGGUGGAACGUGGUUUAGUUGAACUCGAAGUGACUUGGAUUAAUAAUCCGGAUCCUGGUAGUAACACUUAGCCAUUAUUUUUGUUUUAUCUAUAAAAGAAUAUUUAAGGAAAUGAUGAUAUAUUUGGGAAAUAGAAGGACAAAAAAAUAAAUGAGACAGUUUUGUAGAAAGUUAAGAAUAAUAAAAGUUUUUUUUGAAUUAAAUCAAAACAAAGCACUCACUAAUGUGAGCUAUGCGAC